AUGAGCGCAACGACAGCGGCACGACGUCUUCGAGUUGGUAUUGAUGUCGGUGGAACCAACACAGAUGGCGUCCUUAUCGAUCCUCUGCAAACCUCAGGACCUGAUCGCGGCAUCAUCGCAUGGCACAAAGAACCAACGACUACAAACCCUAGUGUUGGUAUCAACAAUGCCCUCACCAAACUGCUCAGCUCGGCUUCUAUCAGCCCUGAUGAAGUUGCUAGUGUGACCAUCGGAACCACACACUUUGUCAAUGCCGUUGUUGAAAGAGACGCCACGAGACUGUCUCGAAUCGCUGUUAUUCGUUUAUGUGGACCCUUCUCUAAGCACAUCCUGCCAUGUGUCGACUGGCCCAGUGAUAUGAAGGAGCUCAUUCUGGGGCACCAUGCUCUGGUAAAGGGUGGACUCGAAGUUGAUGGUCGGCUGAUAUCCGAUAUCGACCAAAACGAGAUCAAGGCACAAUGCGCCAUUAUCAAAGAGAAGGGAAUUAGGAGCGUGGUGGUUAUUGGUGUCUUCAGCCCCAUCGACACAGUCGAAAGACAAGAAGAGAGAGCCUCAGACAUCAUCAAGAGUGAGAUACCUGGCUGCGAUGUCGUAUGCAGUAAAGAAGUUGCCAAUCUUGGCUUCCUUGAGAGAGAAAACGCAGCUAUUCUCAACGCUUCCAUUCUGCCUUUUGCCCGCAAGACAAUCCGAUCUUUCCACGAACCUGUCAAGAGAUUGGGCUUAAACUGUCCCGUCUUUAUUACUCAGAAUGAUGGCACUGUACUUUCUGGCGAACUAGCUGCCCGUCUGCCUAUCCGAACAUUUUCGAGCGGUCCCACCAACAGCAUGAGAGGAGCUGCCUUUCUAGUGCAGAACGAGCUUGACGAAGCCAUGAUGGUGGUGGACAUUGGAGGAACUACGUCCGAUGUUGGCAUUCUUCUGGAGAACGGGUUUCCUCGUCAACAAGCAGCUUAUAGCGACUUGUCAGGCGUUCGCAUGAACUUUUCUUGCCCUGAUAUCAAGAGCAUCGGCCUUGGCGGAGGCUCUAUUGUACGGAAAGAUAACGUCAUUUCAGUAGGACCAGACAGCGUUGGAUAUAAGUUGACACAGGAGGCUAUUGUAUUUGGUGGGAAAGUCCUAACGGCGACGGAUUGUACGGUUCUUGUCAAUCCAGGUCUAGGAAUUGGAGAUGCAGCCCGUUUGAAAGACGCCAUUUCCGAGGAGGAGCUUGGAAUGGUCAGAUUGGCCAUUAGGCACAAGCUGGAGAAGGUGAUCGAUAUAAUGAAGACGUCGCCUCAGGAUAUGCCUGUGAUUCUUGUGGGAGGCGGAGCCGUCAUUGCUCCCGAUGAGCUCAAGGGAGCGAGCAAAGUGCUCAAACCCAAGUGGUCACAGGUUGCUAAUGCCAUUGGUGCUGCCAUGGCGAGAGUCAGUGCUGUUGUAGAUACAGUCAAGUCAACAGCGGAGAAGUCAGCGAACGACUUUUUAGAGGAAGUGUGCCAGGAAGCCAUCGAGAAGACCGUAAAGGCAGGGGCUCUACAAUCAACAGUCACUGUUGUUGAGAAGGAAGUCUUGCCCCUCCAAUACAUUGCGAACAAGACUAGAUUUGUCGUUCGAGCCACGGGAGACUUUGACUUUUCAAAAGAAAGCGUUGUGCCUGAAACAGGGGAAGAAUCUGAGGAACACCAGGAGAUGGAAAGUUACGAGAAGAGCGCCAAAGACCAAAGCUCAAAGCGUGAUACAAAAGAGGAAGAGGAUUUCGAUAUACUGGUAUACCGCCCUGAUGUGAGAAAGCGAACAUGGUAUAUCUCAGAGAGGGAUGUUUCGUGGAUCGCAACAGGCUGCUACAUUCUUGGCACAGGAGGCGGCGGUAGUCCCUACGGACUGAUGAUUCGACUUCGAACUCAGCUGCGCAACGGAGCCACAGUCAGAGUGGUCAAUCCUGAAGAUUUGCCCGAUGAUGCACGAGUUGGCUGUGGCGGCGGAGCAGGAAGUCCUACCGUCGCAAUCGAAAAGCUUGCAGGUGAUGAACUUCUUGAGGCACAGCAGGAAUUAUACAAGAUGUGCAACACAUCAGCCACUCACAUGAUCUCCGUCGAAGUUGGAGGAGCUAAUGGCCUAAGUGGAUUGCUGCUUGGCUCGAGUGACCAGAUGGAUAUACUUACAGUAGAUGGAGAUUGGAUGGGCAGGGCGUAUCCCACGAAAUGGCAGACGACACCUGUGGUUUUCAAAGAAAGGGAGACCAUCUGGUCACCCAUUGCUGUGAGUGAUGGAAACGGCAAUGUUCUCGUCAUGCCAAAAGCAUCCUCCGACGAGGCCGUCGAGCGCAUCAUACGCUCUGCCCUGAGCGAGAUGGGCUCCCAGGUAGGCGCUGCAGACGCUCCAGUCACUGGAGCAGAGACGAGGCGCUGGGCUAUCGAGCACACGCUUUCUCAAUCGUGGAGGAUUGGGCGGGCAGUUGCUCGAGCACGCAAGGAAAACCGCGUGGACAAUGUUGCCGAGACUAUCAUAGAUGAGUGUGGUGGUCCUGGAGCGGGCAAAGUGUUGUGGAAGGGUAAAAUCAUCGGCGUGGAGAGGACACUGAGAAAUGGACAUGUCUAUGGCGAGUGCCUCAUCGAAGGUGCUGAUGUUCGAGAUGAAGCGAAUGCAGCUUCUGGUGAAGGCUCGGAGCAACAGUUCAAGGGCAUCGUCAAGAUUCCGUUCAAGAAUGAGAACAUCGCUGCUCUCAAGGUUCAUCCUGAUCGUAAGGAGGAGCUCCAGGAGGAUGUUUUGGCUAUUGUCCCUGACCUUGUCUGUGUCAUCGAUGCACAGAACGGAGAAGCUGUUGGAACACCGGAAUAUCGAUAUGGAUUACUUGUUGUAGUGCUGGGAAUAGCGGCGAGUGACAGAUGGACUGGAUCAGAGCGAGGAAUCAAGAUUGGAGGACCAGAUGCAUUUGGGUUUGAGCACUUGAAGUUUGAGCCUUUGGGUCAAUAUUUCAAGCCGAGGAGUGUUAUUGAUGAGUAUGAUGUUUGA